CAUGACGCUGGAAGCGAUCCGUUAUCGGCCCGGGUCUCUGCAGAUUCUUAAUCAGCUGCUACUGCCGCACCAGAGCGUUCAUGAAGAGAUCCGUUCUGUCCAGGACGCGUACGAAGCGAUUAGGUCCAUGAAGGUGAGGGGUGCUCCAGCCAUCGCCAUCGUGGGGUGUCUGAGUGUGGCCGUGGAGCUGCGGGCCGGGAUCAGGGGGGACAGCCUGGUGCCCUUCUUACGAAAGUCGCUAGCCGUCCUGACGUCCGCCCGACCCACGGCUGUGAACAUGGCCCGGGCCGCAGGAGAACUGCUGGAAUUCACGGAGAGAGAGAGCACACAGAGGACAACGGAAGAGCUGACAGAGAGCGUGAUUGGCUGGAUCGAGGCCAUGCUGCAGCGGGACAUCGACGACAACCAGAAGAUGGGGAAUUACGGGGCGCAGCACAUCCUGUCUGGGGUUCCCCAAGACUCCGUCACCAUCCUCACACACGGCAACACGGGGUCCCUGGCAACAGCGGGAUACGGCACCGCACUGGGCGUGGUGCGCUCGCUGCACGCGCUGGGCCGGCUGAAGAGGGUCUACUGCACCGAGACGCGGCCCGGGGGCGAGGGCGCCCGGCUCACUGCUCACGAGGCCGCCGCAGAGGGCCUGCCCGCCACCCUCAUCACCGACAGCGCCGCGGCCGUCGCCAUGAGAGCGAGGGCCAUCACAGCGGUCGUAGUCGGGGCCGACAGGGUCGUCGCCAAUGGAGACACCGUCCACCAAGUUGGCACUUACCAGCUGGCCAUCGCUGCGAGGCACCACAGGAUACCGUUCUACGUGGUGGCCCCCAGCACAUCAUGUGACCUCAGCCUGGAGAGCGGGAGGCAUGUUGUGAUCGAAGAGCGCCCCCCGGUGGAGAUGACUAGUAUUGGCGGCCUGCCCUUUGCUGCUCCAGGUAUCGAGGUGUGGAACCCAGCCUUCGAUGUCACCCCCCACCAGCUGAUCACAGGGGGAAUCAUUACUGAGCUGGGUGUCUUCCUGCCCUCUGAGCUGCAGGCUGCACUGACUGGGCGUCUCACUGCCCUGUAGGCCCCCUGCUGGCCAGAGACAGCAGCUGCACCGAAUAUAUAUGCCUACCAUUCCAGUAGACCUCCCUGAGAUAACAACCUCCAAUCAACACACACACACACAUACUCACACACACACACACACGCAGUAUUCCUCAUCUCUGUCCUUCUGUCGACUCCCUUUCCAUCAGUAAUACCUUCAUCCUCCACGCCUUUGUGGUGCAGGAGACUGGACUGCCCCUUUUAAAGUUUACUGGGUGAAGUGUUCUAUUUACAAGCAACAAUGCUGUGAAUGCCUCAGUAGAAAUGUAAAUACUGAAUGUUCUUCUCAUGUCUGGAACAGACCAUGACAGUCUGCCAUUUGAUACAGUGAAUAACACUAAGGCAAUAUGUCAAAAUAUGCAGGCUAAAAUAACUGGCUGACUGCUCAGUAAUAAAUAAGGUUAUCAAUUAGGAAUCAGUACUGACUACCAUUAUUGAAUUGGGCAUUUUCUACUGAUUUUUUAUUUAAUUUUUUUUCUUACAUUGAUGAAAUGCUUAAUAGAAUAGUUUUAUGGAGAUGAAAUAACACCCCUCGUAAAUUUUCAUAAAUUUCAUUUGCCAGUGUGCAGGUAAAUGUUUUAUGAACAUGGUGAGAGCUGAACCCAAUUGUUAAUGUAUUAAUAACUUAAAUCGGCCCGUGCGCACAGUAAAAUGUUUGUGUUAAAUGAA